GAGCUCGAGUUAAUGCCAAAGAUAACAAGUGGUUGACUCCUCUUCACCGAGCCGUGGCUUCCUGUAGUGAGGAUGCGGUGGCAGUGUUGUUGAAGCACAGUGCGGACGUUAACGCUCGGGACAAAAACUGGCAGACACCGCUGCAUGUAGCAGCAAGCAACAAGGCCGUCCGCUGUGCCGAGGCUUUGGCCCCACUUCUGAGCAAUGUCAAUGUUUCUGACCGGGCGGGACGCACCGCCCUGCACCACGCUGCCUUCAGUGGACACGUAGAGAUGGUGAAGUUGCUGCUGUCCAGAGGAGCCAACAUCAAUGCAUUUGACAAGAAGGACAGGAGAGCCAUUCACUGGGCGGCCUACAUGGGUCAUCUGGAAGUUGUGAAGUUACUGGUUGCCAGUGGAGCUGAGGUCGACUGUAAGGACAAGAAGGCCUACACACCGCUUCACGCAGCGGCCUCCAGUGGGAUGAGCAGCACAGUUCACUACCUGCUAAGCCUUGGUGUCCAUGUGAAUGAGGGUAAUGCCUAUGGGAACACACCUCUCCAUUUAGCUUGUUACAACGGUCAAGAUGUGGUGGUUGGUGAGCUCAUCGAAGCAGGCGCCGAUGUAAACCAGGUGAACGAGAGGGGCUUUUCUCCACUUCACUUUGCCUCUUCCUCGCGUCAAGGUGCGCUGUGCCAGGAGUUGCUGCUGGCCCAUGGAGCGCACAUCAACUUGAAGAGUAAGGAUGGGAAGACCCCCCUUCACAUGGCAGCUACACAUGGAAGGUUCUCCUGCUCCCAGACCCUCAUUCAAAACGGAGCUGACGUUGACUGUGAAGAUAAAAGCAGAAACACCGCCCUUCACAUUGCUGCCCGCCAUGGCCAUGAGCUCAUCAUCACAGCGCUCAUCAAACACGGAGCCAACACUGUCAAGAGAGGGAUUCAUGGGAUGUUGCCUCUACACCUGACAGCUCUCAGCGGCUUCUCAGAUUGUUGCAGGAAGCUGCUGUCCUCAGGGUUCGUCAUAGACACUCCUGAUGACUUUGGAAGGACCUGUCUUCAUGCUGCUGCAGCUGGAGGGAACCUGGAGUGUCUGAACUUGCUGUUAAACAUAGGAGCAGACUUCAACAGAAAGGACAACUUUGGAAGGGCUCCACUGCAUUAUGCAUCAGCCAACUGUAACUACCAGUGUGUGUUUGCACUGGUGGGCUCUGGGGCGAGCGUUAACGAGUUGGACCAGAGAGGCUGCAGCCCCUUACACUACGCUGCUGCAGCUGACACAGAUGGAAAAUGUGUGGAGUACCUGCUGAGGAACGAUGCUGAUCCAGGCGUGAGAGACAAACAGGGUUACAGUGCGGUGCACUACGCCUCGGCCUACGGGCGCACACUCUGCCUGGAACUGAUCUCAAGCGUGAGACCUCUUGAUGUGUUACUGGAGACAUCAGGCACAGACAUCCCCAGAGACUCGGAGAGCCAGGCCUCGCUCAGUCCACUCCAUCUGGCGGCUUACCAUGGACACUGUGGAGCGUUAGAGGUUCUCUUGUCGUCCCUGUUGGAUGUAGACGUGCGCAGCCCAGACGGACGUACCCCCCUCAGUCUGGCUUGCUCAAGGGGGCAUCAGGAAUGCGCGUCCCUGUUGCUGCAUCACAGCGCCUCCCCAAUGGCUCGUGACUACAUACACAAAAAGACAGCCUUACAUGCUGCAGCUAUGAAUGGCCACCCAGAGUGCCUUCACCUGCUUCUGAGCCACAACAACCAACACAUUAACGUGGACGCACAAGACACCAACGGACAGACUCCUCUGAUGCUGGCGGUGCUGAGCGGACACACAGAGUGUGUGUACUCUCUGCUCAGUCAAGGAGCCUGUGUGGAGACUCAGGACCGCUGGGGCCGGACAGCACUGCACCGCGGGGCUGUGGUGGGUCAGGAGGAGUGUGCAGAGGCGUUACUCCAGCGAGGGGUCAGUGUGUGCGUAAGGGACAUCCGGGGCCGCACCCCGCUGCACCUGGCAUCAGCUUGUGGUCAUGUGGGUAUUCUAGGUACCCUCCUGCAAAAUGCCAGCUCAUCUCUCGCUCACACACACCUCGCAGACAACCAAGGCUACACACCGCUGCACUGGGCCUGCUACAACGGUUACGAUGCGUGUGUGGAGGUUCUGUUGGAUCACGAGGUGUUCAGAACCGUUAAAGGCAACUCGUUCAGCCCACUGCACUGUGCUGUUAUGAACGAUAACGAGGGGGUGGCUGAGAUGUUGAUCGACUCUUUGGGUGAAAGUAUUGUCAACACUGCUGACUCCAAAGGAAGGACCCCCCUUCAUGCUGCAGCCUUUUCUGACCAUGUGGAGUGUGUUUCCCUUCUUCUGAGCCACAGGGCUCAGGCAAACGUUAUCGACACUCAGACGCACACGACCCCACUGAUGAUGGCCGCUGUUAACGGGCAGACAAACGCUGUGGAAGUGCUGGUGAGCAGCGGUAAAGCAGACCUGUCUCUGCAGGACACAAACAAGAACACCGCUCUGCAUCUAGCCUGUAGUAAGGGUCACGAAACGAGUGCCUUGUUGAUUCUGGAGAAAAUCAGCGACAAGAACCUCAUCAACUGCACCAACACUGCGCUCCAGACGCCACUGCACGUUGCAGCCAGAAUGGGCCUGACAGUCGUCGUCCAGGAGCUGUUGGUGAAAGGAGCCAGCGUGUUAGCAGUGGAUGAAAAUGGUUACACCCCAGCUUUGGCUUGUGCUCCAAAUCGUGAUGUAGCCGACUGCUUGGCUCUCAUCCUCAACUCAAUGAUGCCCACCUCACCCAUGGUCACGAUAGCAGCCUUACCCACCCUGUCUCUCACUCAGACGGUCAUCAACCACCACCCCGCCUCGAACCACAUCUCCAAAGGUGUUGCCUUUGACACCCCACCCGCUCUGAGACCUGACCACACCUCGUACUGCAGGCCCGAGAGGCCGCUGUCCUCCAUUUCUGCAGAUGAUGAACUGAAUGACUCCGACUCGGAGACGUACUGAGGACAGGGACAGACCUGUAGAUAAUUCUGGCGGGCUAGCCAGCCACUCAGGAGCCUUAACAGAUAACUGACAGACAGAUGGAGACAAUGGGGCAGGUUAUUUUUAGGUAAGCUUCUUCAAAAUCUAAAAAUAACCUUUAUAUAAACCACAUACCUGUUAUCCUAAGGUGCAUCCCCACUCAAGGGGAACUACAGUGUAGAUGAAAGUGCAGACACACUACAGUUUUUAGCCCUGACAGCACUGCACGGUCAGUAACAUGACCUGUAUCUUUUCAAAUAUGAAACAGUAUUUUAUUUUAUGAGCUAAGCUUGAACCGUUUGUGGAUUUUCUCUUAAAUGGUUUUAACCCUUUUCAAAGGUUUGAACCUGUUUCUUACAAGAGCUCCAAGUGAUGUAAGGCUCAGAGGAUGUUUUUUAAAGCAUGAUUGCCUGAAGCAACAGAGGAACAGUCUAAUGGGACCAGCUGAUUAAGGUUCUUUCCUACUGUACUUAAUGCUUUUUUAUUUAUAGUUCCUCGUUCAGCUGUCAUGCAGACCCUGACGACUGUCACGAACGUUAAUCAUGUUGAGUAGAUGAUUAUGAAACCACCAGUCAUUAAUGAAUUCUUUAUAUUUAUAUGUCUGAGAGCUGAUUGUGACAGCAGGUAGAUGUCAGACCCAUUUCCUGUACAGCUGUUUCAACCUGAAUGAACGACCUGUGGGAUUGUCACCUUUCAAUGCUGAAACUAUUUAAUGAUUGUUUUCUGUACUGGAGGCUGAAAGCAGUGACUGUGUGUGUGCGUGCGUGUGUGAGAGUGUGUGAGCGAUGAAGACAGACAUUACUAAAUAUUGCCUUUUUAGGAUUAUGCAAAUUUCAGACAGAGGUUGGAUACUU